UUCUAAGAGAUGUUAUUCUAUUGUAUGGUGCCAUUUCCUUCAACUUUGAUUGGUGGCUACUCAUUGACAGGUAUUGUGACACAAAGAUUAUGUUGGGGGAUGACCUCAAUUGAGUGAAGGGCUUUUUAGUCAGAUUCUUAGAUAUUUCAAUGUUUUCAUGCACAAGGAUGCCACUGCGCUGAACAGAUCGAAAUGUUUCUUCCCGGCUUCUUCUUCUUCCCGUUUUGAGGGUUUUCUGAAGCAGAUGGAGCGGCUCGACUGAGAACCCACGGCCUGAGGGGUGGGGAACACCUGUGAUUGCUGCUGCCUCUGUGAUGCCAUGAGCGCCGGCUGCUCGAGUCGGUAGAACACCCAUCAGCGUCGACAUGACAGAGCCUCUCGGCGGCUUUUUCUGAUUUUCAUUUAUUGUUGAUCUGAGGGAGGGACGGAGGGAGCGAAGGAGGAUAAUCUGCAGCGUUGUGGGGAUGUACUUGCGCUGAUAACAGCUCAUCAAUUCGGACCUGCUGGAAAAUUUUUGGUCAGCAGGGUAGCUUGUUGGUGUGACCACUGUUCGGUGGUCAAAACUUGGGUUCUGAAGACGUCCUUGCUUUAUCACAGCUGCAGAAAAUUUUCAAGGCAAUGAAGCUGAUAUGAAUGCAGCUAAUGGUGAAACAUUUUCAGGGGAAAAUGAAGAUAAUGAAGAAGUAAAAAGGUGAUAGUAAAGAUAGUAAUGUAGCUCUUAAAUCACGAAUGAUUUCUCCAUAUUUUCAUAAAGUCAAAGAUGAAGAAAAGUGGGAUGAGAAUGAUAAUAUAAAGAAGAUGGAAUCAGAGUCCUCAGUGAAAAGGAAGAUUAAUCUCUUCAAAUAUGGUGUUCAGAAUGAAGCUGAUGGGGAUGUAUUGUCAGCAGAGAUUUGUGAGUGUGAUUGCAUGAAAAAAGACAGAAAGGAUGACAAAUGCUGCACGGAACCCUUGAGCUUCAAUGCAGUAAAUGUAGAGAGGGAUAUGGAAGAACAAAAGAAGAUGAAGAAAAAGGAGAAGAAGAAGAGUCAACGAAAUUUCAAAGCGAAGAUGGAUGUCAAUCAAAAUGCUCGAAGCAGUGAAUUUGCUGGAUUUGUUGCUGAUAAGAUUAAUAUAGUGGACGCUUUUUCUAAAUUCACUUAUAAGGGUGAUAGCAAAAAGAUGAAAGGGACAGGGGGGAGGAAGGAACUGCAUGUUUUCUCUUCCAGUUCUAGGAAAGUUAUAAAGGUAGAAGAAAGGGACAGGGAUGGGGAGAAACUGAGUAUGGUUCCAAACUGUCAAACUAGGGUAGCAAUUGAGGGUAAUGGAAAAGCAGCUAAUAAUGGUAAGGAUGAUGCUGUAUUUGCGCAAGGCAUUAAUGACAGAUUUUAUAGGAAUGAUACAGGGGAAGAAAAUCAUGACCAGAAGACAUUACUGGUGCUUUCUUCUUAUUUUCAAAAGGUUGCGAUCGAAGAUGAUGGCAAUGUUAAAGAAAAGAGGGGAAAAAAAGAACCUUAUUUUUCUUCUGAGAACAAGAUAAAACAAGUUUUCCUACUCAACAACAGUGCCAGGAAUAGUGCCAAUGAGACUGAGAAUGGGAAUACAUGUUUGCCAAAAAUCAUCAAAAGCUCAAGGAAAGGAAAGAACCAUCAAAUUGAUACAACAAUUGAAAAUGUUUCUUCCAAGAGGAGGAGAAGGGAUGAAGAACUGAAGGAGAAAUUGCAUCCACCAGUAAGAGUGGUUUCUCGUUACUUCCAAAUAGCAAAGGGGCAACAAGUAGUUACUGAUGAGAGGAAGGAGCCAAAUAUAUGUCCAAAACAAUGCAAAAAGUCUCGUCAGAAGGUUGUCGUAGUCUCGCCCUACUUCUAUAAUGUACCAAAAGAAGGAGAGAAUGCUGAUGGAAAUUCAAUAGAAGGCAAAGACAAGGGUGUAAAAUUAGUCAAAGAGGUUAGAGGACCGGUGUUGGUUAAGUCUACCUUGUCUGCUUCUCAGAAGCAAGAUGAGGCUUACCAAAGAAAAAGUUCAGAUAAUACAUGGACCCCUCCACGCUCCCCGUUUGAUUUGCUCCAGGAGGAUCAUGCCCAUGAUCCUUGGAGGGUGUUGGUGAUAUGUAUGCUCCUCAACUGCACAACUGGUUUGCAGGCCAAAAGAGUUAUAUCAGAUCUUUUCGCUUUGUGUCCAAAUGCAAAGACUGCUACGGAAGUUUCUACGGAGGAGAUAGAAGAGGUGAUACAAACUUUGGGUUUACAGAGGAAGAGGGCAAUAAUGAUUCAGCGGUUCUCUCGGGAGUAUUUGGAGGAAAGCUGGACUUAUGUCACCCAGCUGCAUGGUGUAGGCAAGUAUGCAGCAGAUGCAUAUGCAAUAUUCUGUACAGGGAAAUGGAAGAGGGUGAGGCCGACCGAUCACAUGCUAAAAAAAUACCGGGACUGUCUAUGCAGUAUGUACAGUGGAUUGCAGUAGACAUUUGGUUUUUGUCUAAUGGAAGCUGAGAGUAUGAAGUCUGCGUUACAAGUGGCUUCCAAAAUGAAAAUCGGAGACUUAGAAGUAUAUGUGGAUUCAUCCCUGAUUAUCUUUCAAACAAUUGGGAAAUGGAAAGCGAACACCUCGAGCUACUUUCUAUGAGUUGCUUGGCCAUUCCACUUUUUGGGACAAUGAAUUUCCGGAAGAAGCAUGUAUGUGCAUAGGGCGGCAAACUGUCAUUGCCGCUUUUCGUGUUAAUUUAUGUCGAGGGACUGUACUUUUUGGGCCUUGGUUUGCUGGCUUGGAAUGCCAAGUUGUGGAAGAAUGAGGACCUUUUUGGUAUUAUUUUUAUUUCCUUUGCAUUCUAGUUUUAUUGAAAAAAAGAAAAAAAAAAGAAAAAAAAAAAAAGAUGAUAACACGCUAAUGUUUUUAAUAUUGGAAAUUAUAGUUUAGGGUUUUUAUUUGUUGUGAUCA